AGAGCUCAGACCUGCUGAUGUUAACACACGCUUCCCUGCCCCCUUCCUUGCAUAACUUGUGAUCGCAGAGCCAUGAAAGUAUGUGAGUCCCUCCCCCAGCGCAGACCGAUCCCACCCAGCAUAUGAUCUGGGCUCCAUGUCAGCCCGAGCAGGCAGCACCGGCUGGCCAGAGCGCUGCGCUUAGCCAGAGCGCUGACCUUAACGAAAGAGUUUCCACAGGGCUCUUCCACCCACUUCUGAGGUGGCCAAGGCUGACAUGGACAGCACCAGGGAGAAGGAGGAGGCUCUGCUGCGAUCUGUGGUGACGGCUGGAGCGGUGGUGCCAAGGAAGCGAUCGGUGGGAAGGCUGGUCAUGCACAGCAUGGUGAUGUUUGGCCGGGAGUUCUGCUAUGCCGUGGAGGCCGCCUUUGUCACGCCGGUGCUGCUCAGUGUAGGGCUGCCCAAGAACCUCUACAGCCUGGUGUGGCUCAUCAGCCCUAUCCUGGGCUUCAUGCUGCAGCCUGUGGUAGGUUCAGCCAGUGAUCACUGCACCUGUAGCUGGGGCAGGAGGCGACCUUACAUUCUGGGUCUGGGCAUCAUAAUGCUGUUGGGCAUGGCUUUGUACCUCAAUGGGGACGUGAUAAUCUCAGCUUUCAACGGGGAGAGAGACAAGCAGCGGACAUGGGCAAUAGUCAUUACCAUGCUGGGAGUAGUGCUUUUUGAUUUUGCAGCUGAUUUUAUUGAUGGCCCCAUCAAAGCAUAUUUAUUUGAUGUCUGCUCCCAUCAGGAUAAGGAGAAGGGUCUGCAUUACCACGCCCUCUUUACAGGUUUGGGAGGAGCCCUGGGUUACCUGACGGGUGCUGUGGACUGGGGUCAAACUUUACUAGGAUACUCCUUGCCGUCAGAAUUCCAGGUGAUUUUCUUCUUUGCAGCCUUGGUUUUCCUAAUCUGCCUUACAUUACAUCUGCGCAGUAUUCCUGAAGUCCCUCUCAGAGAUGAAAACGAAGAGACAAAGUUCUUGUUGGAAGUGACCGAAUCCUAUAAAUAUAGCUCCAUAGAGGAGGAAAUCAAGAAUGGUUACUUAAAAUCAACAUGUACUGAAAUAAAGGCUGCAGCUAAACCAGGGAACUGCACUGUUACAGCAUGUACAGAGGAUCAAAGGCGGAUGACCCUUAAAUCACUCUUGAAGACACUUUUAAGCAUGCCAUCCCACUAUCGCUAUCUGUGUGUGAGCCACCUCCUUGGAUGGAUGGCUUUCCUAUCCAACAUGCUCUUCUUCACGGAUUUCAUGGGACAGGUUGUAUACCAGGGUAGUCCUUAUGCGCCUCAUAACUCCACGCUGUACCUUACCUACAAAACAGGAGUAGAGGUGGGAUGCUGGGGGCUGUGUGUCAAUGCAAUUUCUUCAUCAGUCUAUUCUUACCUGCAGAAAAUCCUUUUGCCAUACAUAGGAUUAAAGGGACUUUACUUCAUUGGAUACCUACUUUUUGGACUGAGUACUGGAUUAAUUGGCUUGUUUCCCAAUGUCUUUUCCACUCUGGCUCUGUGUUCCCUCUUUGGCGUCAUGUCCAGCACGCUGUACACAGUACCAUUCCACCUCAUUGCAGAGUAUCACAGGGAAGAAGAGAACCUGAAGCUGCAGGAUGGGGAACAAACUGGAGAUCAGGGGCGAGGGAAGGGCAUUGACUGUGCCGCUCUCACCUGCAUGGUCCAGCUGGCCCAGAUCAUUCUCGGCAUUGGCCUGGGGCUCUUGGUUAGCAUUGCCGGCAGCGCAAUCACGGUGAUUUCGGCAUCUACGGUGGCACUGAUCGGCUGCUGCUUUGUUGCUUUUUGUGUUCGAUACGUGGAUUAGGACUGUGUGAGGUGACUGGAAGAAAUCUCCCCAGGUGAGCGUUUUCUUUCUGGGUCAGUAGCACUGGUGCUGUUGCCAUGCUGAUCUGGUGGCACAUCCUCCUCUCUUACCUCCUCGGAGUGGCUGCAAUUCCGAAGCUUUACAAAAUAGAGACUUGAUAAAAGUGGUUGCCUAAUGCCUCAGAUUGAAAGCUUCUCUAUUUUGACUGCUUUAUUACUUCAUUUCUGCUGACUUCGGUGUAUUAACACGCUGUCGCACAGGAUGGUGUGUGUGCCCAUGGUAUCUCAAUGCCCUACACGGGAGUUGUUACAAAACUCCUCAUCACCAUUUUGUGGAAGUUAAUAGACGAAGUAUGUGACAAAUGGAAGAAGUAAUAAAAAUAGACAGAAUUAGGAAGAAAGUAGUUAUUUAUCUUGUUUUUCAGGUAUCUUAAGUUUGGGGAUAUUCUCUCUGGUAGUCAAAAGCUGCAAGAGAAUCAAACAGCAAUCAAUUGCGAAAGGCAAUGCAGGCUGCAAUUGUGUUAUGCUUACUAGUACUGUUAAAUGGGAUCAGCUAAUUCCCAGCCACUGUCAAAAGCAGAUUUCGGUGUGAAGGAUGUUUGGAAUAGAAAAAAAAGAUUGAAUCCUACUGUUUAAAAGCACAACUGUAAAGUAAUUAUUUUAUGCUGGAUCCUACUGCUUCAGUAUAAAUGAAAUGAACUUACUGACUGAGCUUGUCAUAAAAGUCUAAGGCUGUUUUGCAAAUCCAUGUGUAGGCACCUAAACAAUCCAUCUUUGGGAAACAGCUGCCAUUUCCUCCUUCUUAAAAAACUGGCCUCUUGACUUUGAUACUGUAAUUGAAAAAAUAAACUUGGCCAAAACAAUAAUUUUAUAAAUGGCUGUAAGCUGCUUGAAUCUUGACAUUGGAUAUGACAGUAUUUACCUUGAAGUAGCAUCUCUGUUUUCUCUAUACAUCUAACAUCUAUUUCCUUCAUGCAUCUAUCUUUGAGUAAAAUGGCAUUUUCUCUUUAUGGAAUAUUGUAAGUAAAUUCAGUUCUGCAAAGCAC